UUCGUCGUAUGGAUUAACUUGACAGAAGCAGGGUGUGAUGCUGAUACAAAACUGCUGGGUAUUCUCUGCCUUCAAUAUAACAUGUAGGGUCUGUGUGAAGUAUGAAAAGUGUUGUCUUUUAUCAAAUUAUCAGCCAGCUACCAUUUUACUUGCAGUGAUGAAUAAAAGAUGGCAAGCAGAUCUUGAUCUACAUGAAGUUAACGGGGAAAACAUGUACCAUGUUGUGAUGUCAGUGUAGAUGCUCUGACGGAGGAUUUGUAAAUACGGGGAUUAAUAUCGUUACGAUGGCUUCCAGCAGACAACAGAUGACAUGUGCCUUCAACAGCGUGGAGGAGACAAUUAGGAUCUACACAGACUGGGCAAACCAUUAUUUGGAGAAGGCUCGUAACAAACGUUUCAUCAGCGACCUCCAACAAGAUGUCACUGACGGGGUGCUUCUUGCCGACGUAAUUGAGGCCGUCACUAACGAGAAAGUGAAAGACAUUAAGAGCAAACCCAAGAACUCCGCACAGAUGGUUGAAAACAUCAACACGUGCCUAACAUUCCUGGCGACUUUGGGGGUCAACGUUGAAGGACUUAGUGCUAAAGAUAUUAAAGAAGGGAACUUGAAAUCGAUACUAGGAUUAUUCUUUAGCUUAUCCCGAUUUAAACAACAGCAGAAGUCCUUACACCAGCACAACAAGGAGCACGCACAACCCAAGGUCCAAGCAGGGGAGGUCACUCUCGAUAACCAACAUUCAAGCAUCGGCAGAAACACCCCUCAGCUCAAUGGAGGUGAAAUGCUAUCUAGGUUGCCGUCUCCAUUUAAGUCUAGCAGUAAAUGUCCCACUAUAACCAACCCAUCGUCCAAAGACGGCCAGGCCCUAACUUCUACCUCCAUCAACAACAGCCGAAACUCCAAGUCUCAGAACCACUCCAACGACAAAGUGACACGCUCACAGCUCAAUCAACAAAAUAACAACAUCUCAUCAUCCUCAUCAUCAGGUUCAACAUACCUCAACACAAAAAACAACAACCCUGCUUCCUCGAGGGCGACCUCCCCGGCCACAGGUGCAGGUGGGUCUGGGAUCCCCACUCCAGGGGGAAGGUCUCUGGUGAGUCCCCGUGGACAGGACAAGCAGCCACGGGCGGUCAGCUCGGGGAGCACGACCUCCACAAGCUCGACCGCUUCCAACAAAAGUACCUCCCACAAGGCCAGUGUCGCCAACAAAAACUCUAUGUUGGACAAAUUCAAAUUUUUCAAUUCCAAAGACAAAAGUAAAAGUAAGGGCGGUGUGCCCAAAAGUACGUCAAAGAGUAGCACGACAAGUACGAGUUCGUGUAGUGAUCGAAGCGACGUCAGAUCGACGACAAGCUCCGCGCGGAGCUCAAGUUCUACAGACCCCGGGGCUAGUAGUAGUACACCUUCUAAUGACUCAGAACCACAAAGUCCCAAGCUCCCACCCAAAACAGGCAAAUCCCUGGUGAAAGGGUUUGCGGGUCGCCGGGAGCUCGGUGGAGUUGGUACAGAUGAGGUAGGGGCUAAAUUGAGUAAUCAAAGCCCCUCCGUUCCUCCUGUACCUCCUUCACACAGCUCACAGUCACAUUCUUCCAGUAAAAAGGUCAGCGGAAAGUCGGACCGCCGUGAAACCAGAUCGGCACAGGCUAGUCCUACACAGGGUAAGAAGGGUGCAACCAAGAUAGGCAGCUUGAUACCAAAGUCUUCAUCGGGAAAAUCAUCGUCAAAAUCAUCGCCAUCGAAUGGUCCCACCAGCUCCCAGAUUCCUACGCCCGCAAGUAGCAUUCCUAAACCAUCGACAUCAUUGGGCAAGUCUAGUAAAUCUACCAAGGAGGAGAAGUCAAAACUACAAAGCAGGAGUCAGCAUUCAUCGCCAUCGUCAUCGUCCGCCACGUCAUCAUUGCCUCAAAAAUCUCAUCAUGCCACUUCCUCUCCGAAAUCUAUGCAAUACCAGUCUCAGGCUCAGCAGCCUUCCAACAGUAUUAACCAUUCAAAAGGCUCGUCACAUCAACCAGAGGGGGGCAGUGACCAAUCAAAGGUGAGCUCUCAGGAACCAUCAGCGGAUGACAAAAUGCAGCAUAGAUCUAGAUACACAGAAAUUGAAUACUCGGAUGGAAGGAUUGAACGAGUAGGUGACGGCCAUUUUGCUAAGCCGAACAAUUUAUUAGUGUCCCCGAAAGUAAGUGGUGGCCAUUUCCAGGGCAGUGAUAGGACUCAGGAAGUGGGGGUUUCCGGGCAACAAAAUAUGAUUCCUUCAUCUCAGACGGUUAAUGUGGUGAAGCCGACAUGUUCGGUGGCUACCACUGCAACAACAGUGAUGACCAAGUCUGACGGCAACACCCAGACUUCGUUAUCUGUGUUAAAUCGUGCAACACCUCCGCCACUCCCAAAAACAGAACCUCCACAGAAAAGCCACGCGAAGGACAAGGAAUACAAGAUAUCGGGAAGCCAGAGUGGGUCGGGUCACUCCACCCCAGUGUCUGUGUCGGGGAGUGACUCCACCCCCUCUAGUCAGAGUGGCCCAAGUGGUACAGGCUCAUCCUCCAGUGAAAGUGUGAUAUGCAAUAAGUCGCUAAAUGUGGACGAUUUCUCGGGGUCGGAAAAAAGCAGUUCCAGUGCAACAAACUCUCCUAGGCUCGGAAUGAAAGUGAUACAUUCUCAGUUACAAAGACCCGCUAAUAACGUGGCCAUCGUUCAACCCCGUCACGGGGAAAAGAUUGAAACAACUUUUGAUACUGAAAUUCGAACAGAAACUGUGAAUAAGGAUAGCGACACAUCUAAAAAUAACCUUCGGGAAACGACAUUUUCUGAAAAGUCGGAAAAAGAUCCGACAUUUGUGGAUGAUUCUGGUGAAGCAAUGGAUAUUAAACCAAUGCAGCCAAUCAUGAGAGCAAUGCCUUAUGGGUCGUCGGGAUAUUUACGUGGGUAUGGGACGCCUGGGUCACCAGCUUCAGGAAAGAUCUUCCAUAACCCGGGUUACGCCACACCCACUACCGCGUAUUAUGCCCGGACGAGCAGUUUGGGUAUCAAUCGGCCACUCAUAGGUGACCCCAAUAAAUAUUACUCUGGAUCUAUUAAACGGACCCAGUCAACGGGCCAGAAUAGUUCUAUUGACACAGACUAUAGCUCUGACUACGAUACUUAUGAUUAUGUGUCGGGGUACAUGUCAGACGGCGACAUUCUCAAGGGCAACAAAAUGGGUGAUGACAUGACAAGUGGGUACCUGUCCGAGGGCGGAGCCUCACUGUAUGCGCGACGACUUCAGCAGCGUUUCCGUGAGGGCAUGCAGGCUGUCAAGGAAUGCAUGCAGAAAAGUACAGGGCUCAUGGACGAUGACAGAAGGCGUUUGCGACAGGAUCACUAUAGAUUAAGCACACCUAAGCGUGCGCGUUAUGUUCGUUUUGAUGACAGCAGUUCUAUCAGUAGCGGGGACAUCAGUGAUACGAUUAAUGAAAUCAGUACGGACGAGGGAAACCUCACCGGAGGGUCAUCACGCGACAGUGAACGCAACCCCUACGGGAGCCUCAAACGCACCCCGAAAGAAUUGGGCAGGAAUAUCGCAAAUGGCAACUUCCAUGGCCAGUUCCCCACACAGAAACGUGCACCAAACUUGGGCACUAGUGCUUUCCUAGGAACUGAUUACUCAAGUGAUGCCAAUCCAGUUUCCGGAUGGCGGAAAUACUCUCUACCUCAAACCAACCGCCUUCUGAGCAGCGACCCCGCUGACUACGCACACCUGUAUAACGGCUACGACCACAGCCAGUGGCGGCCCAAUCAGGGCAACGUGGGCCAGUUAAGGAAGUUAUCUAACGCCAGUCAGCCCGAAAUACACCAUUACAGGGCACACAGUGCCGACGCAGCCGACAGCCACAGCGAUAAGGGAGGCUACUCCAGUGCAGGGUUUCUCACAAAGAGGGACAGUGAAACUAAUACUGAUCAAUCGCAUCUCUUGGACUCAAGCAUGCGGCGCAUGCAGACACAGCGAGCUCACUCGGCAGGUGGGCAGGUUACCUAUGGUUACCGGCGUCCGCUUAGCAACACGAGUACCUCCUCUGUGGGAAGUAACAAAAGUACUGGUUCUAAUACAGGUAAAACAUCGGCAGUAGGAAGUCGCCUGGCUAAACAUGGCAUGUUGGUGGAAGGUCAAACGAACGGUAAGUCAAUGGAUGUGAAUGGGGGUAGCUCAAUACCUCGUCCCGGAAGUGCGACCGGCAUGAGGGCCACAACCCCAGGGGGAGGCAACUCCCGGACUGAUAUGGGGCCAGAGGCCUAUAGUAGUGCUACCCUCGAACGCAAGAAGAAGGGGCUCAAUGGAGCUCCAAAAUCUACCAGCGCAGCGCAGACAGAUCCAGGGGAAUUGUACAAAUCAAACACCCUGGGAAGGACAAAGAAGGUGUUCGGCAGCCGGAACAGUCUGAGCAAGACCCAGGCACAAGGUGAAAAUGGUUCUCUGUGUAGUAGUACAAUCAUAUCAAAUCCACAUGCAACUUAUAGUAAGGCAGGGCCCCAGUCCCCGCAGAACGGGUCACACAAUGGCACGUAUGUGGCUAUGGAGUAUGGUAGUCCACGCAAUUCCGGCGCAGGGCAGGGUGUCUGGCUCAAAACGCCAAAUGGCACUAUGGCCAUGGGCAUGUCAGAAACAGAGUCCAUGGAAUCUAUAUCGUCCCACGCUUCCAGUAUACAGGCUCAGAUCCAACAAGCACGGGCCUUAAGUGGUGCUAGUGCUCGCAUCCUCGCACACCGCGACGGUCAGGGCACGCCUAAUGGCCUGUCACGGUCCAAUAGCCUCAAAUCCAGCCAAUCUGACUCUGUGUACGCCCAGCAUUCGCAAAUGUCGGAAGACAUCACUCGCACAAACUCCUUCUCUCAACUUCCGAGCCCUCCCGCACCCUCCUCCCCAACACCAAGCAACUCUUCUCAUUCAUCGUCACGCUUUACAUACCCCAUGACUGCUGCGUACGGCAGCGGCAGCGCCUACCCGACAAACUCGGCCAUGGUGAGGUCUAACACACAGUCCAGUCUGCCGUACGGAAGCCUUGCCUUGUCCAAGCUUAACAAGGAAGAGGACAGCAGUCGUCUGACAAAAUCCUCCACUUUGGACUAUAGUUAUUUCUCGGGCGACUAUGAUUAUUCUUAUUCCUCCGUACACGGUUCAAACCUGUCGCUGGUAUCCAGUUCAUCUUCCAUAUAUUCCUCAAACGAAGAAAAACACAACCAUGAGAUCCGAAAACUUCGACGCGAAUUGGAGUCGGCCCAGGAAAAAGUUGUGACGUUAUCGACGCAGUUGAGCACCAAUGUCAAACGCGCUCAUGUGGUGGCUGCCUUCGAACAGUCGCUGUCCAAUAUGACAAAUCGGCUCCAGCAUCUCACCUGCACAGCCGAACAAAAGGAGUGCUUAGCUGUGAAGCGUUCCUGUCGAUGCAAGGCAAAAAAGGACUCUGAAUUAAAUGAGCUGCGAGUGACUAUCGAAGCGUUGAAGCGACAGAGCGGCCUAAAUAUCCCUGAUCCAAUUAUCAGUCCCAAUGCUGGCCGGAGACACACAUCGCCGGGUAUGGUCGCGAACUGUAGUCCUCAGCACCAGCCCUCGCCACACCAUCAUCACACCCCCGGCCGCGCCUUCCACACACUGCCCAUGCCUCUUGAAGGUCGUAUGACGAGACAGAUGUCCACCGAUAGUGUGUCCAGUAUCAAUAGUAUGUCGAGUGCCUGCAGUUUGACCAGUCAACAGUCCGCCGCCACAGACGGAGAUAUCAGCAAGAAAAAGAAAAAGAGGGGAUGGUUACGAAGUUCAUUCAGUAAAGCGUUUUCACGGAAGAAGAACCGGAACGGGUCCAUGUCUGAUUGUGAACUGGACAGCACAAGCUUCCGGUCUAAUAUGUCUGCUCCAAACUCCCCUUUGCUUCAAGUCCACAUGCCAAACGGAUCUGGGCUCAUCAAGGGAUCCCAUUCUUCGUCAGCGCUGUACGAGGCAGAAGACAUGGGAUCUGUUUUAGAAUUACGAAAGCAGUUACGUGAUAAAGACAUGAAGCUGACCGAUAUCCGACUGGAGGCGCUGUCGUCUGCUCACCAGUUGGAGCAACUGCGGGAAACAAUGACGAAAAUGAAGUGUGAUAUGGGUGCCUUGAAAGCAGAUAAUGAUAGAUUACAACGAAUGAUGUCUGCGAGAAAUUUGAACACAUCCCAGAAUUCCCUGGCCCACUCACGAGCAGGAAGUAACAGUGAUACUCUUGAAAGGUCGCUCAGCAUGCAAGAACAGCCUAGUCUAGAAAUGUUGCUAGCGGAGACUCCCGACCGGGAGGGGAAGAGAGUAACUAUUAUGGUAUACCUCGGCUCAAAUCCUGACCCCAUGAGGAUGGGAGUAGAGAGACCUGCCGAAGUAUUGAUAGGCUCCUUGUCAGUCAGUGGGAAGACGAAGUGGGACAUUUUAGACAACAUUGUUAGAAAAAUAUUAAAGGAGUAUGUGUUACGAGUUGAUCCUGUCACAAACUUAGGCUUGAGUGCAGAGAGUGUUUGUAUGUACCAUAUAGGGGAGAUAAUCCGAACUAAAAAUGCGGAUUUACCAGAACUAUUACCCGUGGGCUACCUGGUAGGGGACACAAUGCAAAUAGGAAUAUGUCUCAAAGGUACAAAGCAAAACAGUGUGGACUCGUUAGCGUUUGAGACACUGAUCCCCAAGUCCAUUGUCCAGAGGUAUGUGUCCCUGCUUCUGGAACACCGCCGUAUUAUCCUCUGUGGUCCGAGUGGCACAGGCAAGACAUACCUGGCACAGAAACUCGCGGAACACCUGGUUCUCAGGUCUGGGAAGGAACUGACUGCUGGUUCAGUCGCAACCUUCAACGUUGAUCACAAGUCAGCUAAGGAACUACGGCAGUACCUGUCCAACAUCGCCGACCAGUGUGAGAACUCGAGCGUGGGAGAACUGCCGAGCGUCAUCAUCCUCGACAACCUUCAUCACGUGGGGUCUCUGGGCGAGGUCUUCAACGGCUUUCUCUCCGUCAAGUACCAGAAAUGUCCGUAUAUUAUUGGAACUAUGAACCAGGCGACGUGUUCCACGACCAACCUCCAGCUCCACCACAAUUUCCGAUGGGUGCUCUGUGCCAACCAUAUGGAGCCUGUCAAGGGUUUCCUGGGUCGCUAUCUCCGCAGGAAGUUGGUGGAGGCCGAGGUACGGACAGGUAUUCGUAACAACGACCUCAACAAAAUCAUUGAUUGGAUCCCGAAGGUCUGGCUCCAUCUCAACAAGUUCCUGGAGACUCACAGCUCAUCGGAUGUCACAAUAGGACCGAGACUCUUCCUCUCCUGUCCGAUGGAGAUCCCAGGCUCCAAGAUAUGGUUCACAGACCUCUGGAACUACUCAAUCAUACCCUACAUGUUGGAGGCUGUGAGGGAGGGGCUACAGGUUUAUGGCCGUCGUGCCCCCUGGGAAGACCCCACUGACUGGGUGCUGGAGACGUAUCCAUGGGCAACAGCAAAAGACGAGGACCCUGCAUUACUGCGGAUCCGCCCAGAAGAUGUUGGUUAUGACACACAGGGUGUGAUCUCUGCAGGAUCAAGCCCGCAACCACAGAAGGCCAAAACCUUGGAGAUGUCGAAGCAAACAGGAAACGGAGACCCAUUGCUUAGCAUGAUCAUGCGCCUACAAGAAGCUGCAAAUGGUUCGAGCAGCGCUCAAAGCCAGGAUAGCGAUUCUACAAGUCUGGACAGCUUCAGUAGCCACGACAUUUCCACGUCGAGUGUCGAGUCCGCUCUGUGAAUGCCGCGUCAUGUGUGACGUUGUAACCAUGUCCUGUGAUUCCUAGCGACCAGUUAAAACUCCCCGACAUCCCUGCAUUGUUCUAUUAAUAAACCUCCGUUGGUAGCUGCCUUUUUGUCAUAACAGACUUAACAUGGUGCUAAUUUUAGACGUGGAUAUCAACUACUAUAUUACGUGAUUUUCUCCAAGGCCAAAAUGGAAGCAUGCAAUGACGUCGUAAGGUGGCGUAUGACGUUUCAUCUUUACCGUGUGUUUGAUCUAAGAUUACUGUGCGAAGAAGAGGAUGUAGAAUUCCAUUGUUAUGUGUUAUAUAUGUAGUUGUGUUAAUGGGUUCGUAGAGUUUAUCUUAAAGAUAUCAAUCUGCGUGCAUUUCCAGGUGUUCGGAUAUUCUUGAUUGAAAAUUUCGAUCUGCUCAUUUAGUUGAUCAAAAUCACUAUCACUGCAAUAAGCUCUUGUUAUAAUUCUCUGCAUUAAAGUUACCUUAGGACCCAAGUUUGAUUUAUUCAUCAACAUGCAGACUGAAGUUCUACUUUUUUUCAAGAAUAUUUGAACACCUUUGUUGAUAUACUGAAUUUUUUUGUUUUUGUUUUAUGAAGUUUUAAACUUUUGAUGUUUUUUUCUCCUUUUAUUUGACUGUGUUGUUUGUUGCUUUUAUUGUAUGGUAUUUGUGUAGCGAUACCUAAAUGUGAUAUGGCAUGGUUGGUUGUCUCCCUUGCAUGGGUGGUGUUUUGUGUCCUGUGUCUGUCCUACCGUCAAUAGUAUAAAACUAUGUCACAAUUAUCCGAUCAUUACUACUUUUCAUUAAUAAGGUGGACAGGUUAAGAAAUUUUUGAAAUAAAAUAUAAAUGAUAAACACAUUUAAACAGAAAAAUAUCAUUUCACAGUAGUUACCAUUUCAUUUUGGAAUUACAAAUGUAAGUGGGAAAAAAUGCUCGAAGAGAGCAUAAUAAAUGGCCAAUUUAUAGGAGAAAUUACUGUAUUCAGAAAUUAUGAAUGUAAUCAGAUGAUAAAUGGAUAAUCACCUUAUCUGGAAAUUAUAAAAAGCUAUUGACGAAAUUACUUGGAAAUGGAGCUUCAUAAUCAGAAAUUCUGGUAAUAUCUCAUAGCUGUUAAUCGUUGUGUCAGAUUGUCAAAAUGUUACCUUGAAAUUUAUGAGCGUUUCCGGUAAAGUUAUGUCUCUGUAUAACAGGUCCUUCCUCAGCAACUCAAUCAGGACGGAGACGCAUGAAUCUCGGACAUAGUUGGCCAUCCCAAGUGUGCCAAGGGACAUAGCUUAGAAUGCUCUAAGGGACAUGAAUGAGAAUGUUCUAAGGGACCUAACUCAGAAUGUCCUAAAGGAAAUGACUUUCAUUCAUUAGAGAAGCAACUCAAAAUGUACCAAGGGACAUAACUCAAAAUGUACCAAGGGACAUAACUCAGAAUGUGCUAAGGGACAUAACUCAGAAUGUGCUAAGGGACAUUAUGUUAGUGAGUGCCCAAGAGGAAAGUUUCAUUGCUUAAUUAUAAAUUAUACAAAGGAGCACAUUUCUGAAAUGCACAGUUGAAAUAAUCAGCAAGUAAAUUCUUGGCUUAUACCUAGAUGCAUGUUUUUGAGAAAUGAUACACCUAGUAUCAGCAAACUUUUUAUCAAAGUUAGAUUGUCAUGGAGUGGAAGUUUUUUCAUAUCCUAUAUGUAAAUUUUAUACCCAAGUAGCUGCUUCUGCACAAGACUUGUAUAGAAAACGCCAACAGUCAGGUUGACCUUUGACCUAAUCACUUGGGUGUAAAGGUCAUGUUAAAGGUAUGUUUAGUUCAUGAACAUGUAUGAGCUGAUUCAUGAACUCUUCAUGUCUCUGACCCUGACAUGUGGGUGUGACUGUGGUUUAGAGCUGUAGAGCCCCUUUGGUGGAGGUUUAUCUCGCCUUCUGAUUUCGUUGCGGAAGGUGAAGGACGUACGUAGGCUGUAGGUAUAAAUAGACAGAACAUUGUUAAACAUCCAUGUAGCAACAACAGUUACGAUAUCACGUAAGAGUGUUGUCAUCGCUUUCCACCAUAUUCAACUUUGAACUUUGUACUUGAUAUUGUCAACCCAGUUUGUGCACAGCAUUUGUAAUGAACACAAUGGCCUUCGCAAUAAUUGUCCCGCUAUAGUCAUUGUACAGCAGAGUGUUUGUUGACAACUCAGUCGCAUUAAAUUAUACAUCUGAUUGAGGAACAUUACUUCCCCUUGGGGGAAAAAAGAUGAAAAAAAAGAUAUUUAAACAAUCUGUAGCUGAUUUGAAACACAUGGAGAAACGUAAAUUUG